GAUCCGGCGCCCGGAGGGCUAUAAAUUAAGAGCAUCGCCUCGUUCAUCAUCAGAACGAACCACGCACCCCUCCCCUCGGCGCUCCUCCUCGCGAUCUACCCACCCCCGGCGCAAUGAUGGUCGUCACGCUGGUGCUCCUCCUCGCCACCCUCACCGGUGCUCCGGUGGAGGGUCAGUGGCGUAGGCGGUUCCCGCCGCUGGAUCCCUGUCGUCUUCCUUACCCUCCGCGUCGUUGUAGCGAUCCUUCCCCUUACUUACCCAGACCGCCUCCGACGCCGGUCGACAACUACGACGGGUACAGCAUGUUCGUGUUCGGUGACUCCUUCGCCGACACCGGCAACCUCCCAUACAAUGCCACCAGCCUCCUCGCCUGGUCGCUCAUGCGCCCGUGGCACAUUCCCUACGGCAGUUCCUACGGCAAGGACGACGGAUCCGUCUCCUCGACGCCCCAGGCCACCGGACGAUUCUCCAACUAUAAGGUCCAAACUGAUUUCGUCGCGACGAUUCUUGGGCUCAAGAUGGCGCCCCCGGCGCACCAGGUGCAGGGCGACGCGUCCUGCGACAACACCGGCAUGACGUUCGCCAUGGGGGGCUCCGGCGUCUACUCUGUGCCGGCCGGCGUGCCGACGCUGAGCGCGCAGGUGGACACCUUCGCACAACUCGUCUCCUCCGGCGCCAUCCCGGCCGCGCGUCUCGCCAAGUCCGUCGCGCUCGUCGCCGUCUCCGGCACCGACUACGACCGCGUGGGCAUCGCGCACCCCAAAGCGUUCGGCGACGUGACCGCCUUCAUCCGCAACGUGACCGCCGGGAUCUCCGACAGCGUCGACCGCCUCCUCAAGCUCGGCGUGAAGAAGGUGCUCGUGAACAACCUACCCCCGAUCGGCUGCGCGCCGUCGCAGACCAAGGCAGCGAAGUACGGCGCGUGCGACGACGCCGGCAACAUUGGCGCCGACACCCACAACAAGAUCCUGAAGCAGCUGCUCGGGGACCAGGACAACGUGCUCGUCGUCGACCUCCACGCCGCGUUCAGCGCCAUCGUCCAGGGGUCGACGGGCCAGUUCAAGCACAGGCUCACGCCCUGCUGCGUGGCCGAUAGCUUCUGCGGGGCCACGGACGCCAACGGGGACCUCUACGAGGUGUGCACCACGCCGAGCCUGGGCCUCCCGGGCCCCGAGGAAUACUUCUACUGGGACGACAUGAACCCGACCCAGGCCGGAUGGGCGGCCGUCAUGGAGCAGGUCGAGGGCUCCAUCAAACAGUUCGUCGGUGUGAACUAGACCGAGAUGGGAUUCAUCUAGUAUCUGUUAUCAGUUCUUAGUUAGGGUUUUUGCUUACAAAAACAUCUGUUUAGCGAAGAGUGUUAGUUGGGAUAUGGUAUGGCACCAACGAUGCCAAAUCGGUUGAGUUUUGUUUUCGCAUCUUCUAAUGAACUUUGCGGUCCUUAUGAUCGAAUCAAUCAAUGGAAAACUUCCAACGAUAUAUUGCGCUGCA